CCUAUUAUAAGUGCUGAGAUUAGGAUUAAGACUCGUUCGAAUGGAUACGAUCUCGCGACAUGAAGCUCUAAAGGGAAUCCUAUCGUCUGCGAGUUUUCUACCGGAACCAAGUUUGGCAGCACGACUGAGCUCCUGUUCAUAAUUUAUCUUAGAUACUACCUAGUACAUAACAAUCAUGAAUUUCGGAGAAGCCAUUCCGCUGAUUGGCUCCUUACCACCGGCGUACCUCAUCCCAGCCCUCCUCGUUAUCAGCCUGUACGUUCUCUACCGUCAGCUGUUGCCAAAACCUAUUCCGGGCAUCUACUACAAUGCCUCCUCUGCGUCAUCGCUCCUUGGCGACUGGCGGGACAUGGCGCGGACGGUGGGCGUGACCGGCGAGUUCGGACCCUGGUUCGCCGCGCAGGUUACCAAGGCCGGCGUGCCCCUGUGCCAGGUCUUCGUGCGUCCGUUCGGCAAGCCGUGGGUCCUGCUCGCCGACUACCGCGAGGCGCACGACAUCCUCACGCGGCGCACGGCGCCCGCCCCCAACGCCGACUUCGACAAGUCCGCCCUGAUUACCGACAGCUUCAGCUGCCUGGGCGACUUCACCGCGGCCUUGCAGGUGACCACGCGCGGCGAGCGCUUGAAGAGCAGCAGGGCGCUUAUGCAGGACCUGAUGGCGCCGUCUUUCCUGCACGGCGUCAUGGGGCCGGUCGUGCACGAUAAGAGCAUGGAGCUGGUGAGGCUGCUCGAGGCGAAGAUGCGCCUGGCGGGCGGGAGGCCCUUCAAUGUCAAAACGGACCUGGACUGUGCCGCGCUGGACGUUAUUUUGUACUUCGCGUUUGCUGAGAAUUUUAACCGGACGAGUCUAGGUCCGCAGAUAGAAUUGGUCACGCGCCUGAUCCCGGAAAACAUGGUAGAUGGACAUGUCGACGAGCCGGUGACGUUCCCGGAGGUGCCGGCUGAGGAUUUCAUCGCCGCGGUGCGUAUGGCGGGGGGAUUAGUUGAAGGCUACAUUUACUCCAUAGUGCCACGGCUCACGCUCUGGUGGUGGAGGAGGCAGUCGUGGUAUAAGAAGAUGUUUUCGCAGAAGAGUCAAGUUUUCGGUGACCAGAUUAGCAAGGUGCUUAAGGGGUACCAAGGCGGCGAGGUGCGGUCCGCUCUUGGGCACAUGUUGAUGCGGGAGAAGCGGGAGGCAGAGAAGCAGGGUCGUGCUUUGAAGGUCGAGACUAACAUUCUAGCUGAUGAGCUUUUCGGCGAAAUGCUCGCUGGCAACCACACCACGGGCGGCGUACUUGGCUGGCUUGUCAAAUACCUCACCAACUACCCGCACAUACAAGCUAAGCUUAGAGAGUCCUUGCAUGUCGCUCUAGCGCAAGCUGUCGCAGAGAACCGACCCCCAACCUCGGAGGAGCUGCGUCGGACACGACUGCCAUAUCUCGACGCCUUCGUCGAGGAGACACUGCGUCUGAAUCCAGUCCCGGUCACACGCCAGGCGAUUCGCGACACUACAGUCUUGGGUCGGCCUAUUCCUAAAGGCUGUCUGGUAUUCCUCGUAUCCAACGGACCAGGGUUUCUCUCGCCAUCUCUAGCCGUCGACGCAUCGCAGAGGAGCCCGGCAGCGCAGACAGCCAAAUUGAAUGAUCGCUGGGACGAGACAAAAGACUUGCGGACCUUUGAUCCGGAGCGCUGGCUCGUCCGUAGUAGCGGGGGUGAUGCUAGCGCGGAGUUCCACGGCGCUGCUGGGCCCCAGCUGGCUUUUGGGCUCGGCGCACGCGGCUGUUGGGGGAAGAGACUGGCGCAGGUGGAGUUACGGACGGUGGUGGCACUGCUUGUGUGGCAUUUUGAAAUGUUGGGUAUUCCCGAAGCGCUUGCCGGCAAUGACGCGACGGAGGUGAUGAUCGCGCGAAGGCCACAGAAGGUGUUUGUCAGGCUAAGAAAAGUGUAGGAUAUCGGGAUGAUA